GGCCGACUUAGAGCCCGCAGUUCGUAGCCUCAUUCGAGAGCACCACGACGUUUUCCCAUCGUCGUUCUCGUACGUCGGCAUCCCACCGAUGCGCGAUGUCGAGCACUCCAUCCAGCUUGUGCCUGACUAUCGUGUUCACCACCAGGCACCCUACAGACUCUCGAUCGCUGAGGCCACUGAACUCAAGCGUCAGCUUGAGGAGCUCCUGAGACUGGGUUUCAUUAAACCCAGCAACUCCCCGUGGGGUGCACCCGUCCUCUUUGCUCGCAAAGCGGAUGGAACUCUCCGUGCCUAGCGGAUGGAACUCACCAUCGACUAUCGCGGUAUCAACCGCUACACGGUUAAGAACAACUACCCCAUGCCUCGUUCCGAUGAGCUGUUUGACCGCCUAGCAGGCAACCGGUUCUUUACGAAGAUUGAUCUUCGUAGCGGUUACCAUCAGAUCUGCGUCGCUGCAACGGACCAGCCGAAGACAGCGUUCCGAUCGCGCUUCGGCCACUACGAGUUUACGGUGAUGCCAUUCGGCCUCACCAACGCACCCGCUACCUUCCAGAGGGCGAUGAACGACAUCUUCAGGGACAUCCUGGUCUACAGUCGUACCCUCGAGGAGCACCUCAGACACCUCUGCGACGUCCUUGACCGCUUGCACAAACAUGGCUUCUACGCCAAGCUGAGCAAGUGCCACUUUGCCCAACACAAAGUGGAUUUCUUAGGACACUACGUGUCUGACCAGGGUCUCCACAUGCACGACGCGAAGAGCACUGCUAUCGCGGAGUGGCCCGUCCCCACAUCCGCCAAGCAGCUUUGCAGCUUCCUAGGCCUUACCAGCUACUAUAGUAAUUUCAUCCAGGGAUACGCUAGGUAUUCCUACGUCCUUACCUCCAACCUCCUCCGGAAGAACCCGCCAUGGGCUUGGACACCCCUCUACGAGGACGCCUUCCACGCCCUCAAGAAGGCGGUGACAUGCACACCGGUUCUUCACCUACCCGAUUUUUAUCGCCCUUUUAUCUAUACCACCGAUGACUUUGCCGUAGGAGCAGUGCUCUCUCAGAUUUUCCCCUCCUCUCCUGAUUCCUCUCAUCCUCGUAUCCCUCGCUUCCCACCCCCUACCCCUACCACUGCCUCCCGCCUGACGCCUACUCGUGCAGCUACUCACGAGCCUCCUAUUGACUAUUCUCCUGCCAUCGCCGAGGACGGCACUGUCGAGUCUCGCUCAGGUGAUUGUCCGAUCGCCUUCUACUCCCAUCAGCUCCUGCCCGCCGAAAUAAACUACACCGCUGAUGAAUGUGAGGUUCUCGCAAUAGUUUAUGCCGCUCGGCACUGGCGUCACAAUCUGCACGGGGCACCAUUCACGAUUCAGCUCUCUUCCAUAUCGGUCACCACCGUCCACCACUCGGUGAUCGACGAGUUUCACACUCAGUACCGCCAUUACCCCGACUAUCGCGACAUCCACGCGACCCUUCGGAGUGGCAAGACCGUCCCGAACUACUUUCUCGGGGACAACGGUCUUGUGUACUGGCACGGUUCACAGGGCACCAGAGAGCCCCAUAUUUGCGUUCCCUCCAUUGGAAAGCUACGUGUCCGAGCAGUAGCAAAGUUCCAUGACCAGGCAGCCGUCGGUCAUAUGGGCUUCCACAAGACGUUGGCUCGUGUGAGCCGCCUGUACGUCUGGCCGAAGCGCAAGGACUUUGUGAAGGACUACGUCGCAGAGUGUCCCACCUGUCAGGAGGUGAACAGUGCGAACCACCUUCCUUAUGGUUUGCUCCAACCUCUUCCUAUCCGUAAGGGUCGUUGGCAGUCCAUCCCGAUGGACUUUAUCGGUCCUCUUCGUCCUCCGACCCCCCGCAAUCAUGAUGCUAUCCUGGUCGUCGUCGACCGCUUCACGAAGCGUGCACGCUUUGUUCCAUGCCUCUAUGCCAUCAGUGCACGUGAGGUCGCCGACAUCGUGUUUGACCGAGUCGUGCGUGACCACGGAUUACCUCUGAGCAUCAUAUAUGACUGUGACCCGCGCUUUACCAACCGAUUCUGGCGACGGCUCCACGAGGUGUACGACACUCAGCUCCGCUUCUCCUCAUCUUACCAUCCUCAGACUGAUGGUCAGACCGAGAUCACGAACAGGACUCUCGGAGAUAUUCUCCGAAAGAUUGUUCGUGACGACCAGCAAUGGGAUCUCCAUCUUGUCCAUGCGGAGAUAGCCUACAACCACGCCGUCUCGCCAACCACGGGGAUGUCGCCUUACUAUUGCGACCUCGACUAUCACCCUUACGUUCCCGCGGACUUCCUUCGACCGUCACAGAUGCACCCCGACACUAGUUGUCCCACGCUAGAUGAUUGGGUUGCACACAUGACGUCGAUCAUGAAGAUCGCACAUGAGCACAUAGCCGCUUCCCAGACUCGCAUGGCAGCAUGUGCGAACCGAUCGAGGAUGGAUCAUCCAUUCAAAGUCGGUGAUGAUGUGCUUAUCGACGCCCGACACUUACAACUCGAAGCGGACACGCUUCGCAAGUUUCGACGUCGCUUCUUUGGCCCAUGCCGCAUCCUCCAGGCCGUUAGUUAUGAUACCGCUUCUAGCCCGGUCAACUUCCGUGUGAAGCUGCCCCACUACCUACACCAGGCUCGUGUGCACGAUGUCUACCACGUCUCGUUAUUGCGCCCUUACCGCAGACCGUCUGAGCGUUUCGUUGGACGACCAUACGAGCGCCCUCCACCCAUCAUGGUGGACGGCCACGAGGAGUUCCUCAUUUCAGACAUGAUUGGUCGCCGAGUCACCGACGACAACCCUCCUCACGUCGAGUAUCUCGUACGUUGGAAGGGUUACCCUGAUGAGGAGGCUACUUGGGAGCCCCUCGAGCACUUGCAGCACGCUCGUAUGUUGGUGUGUGCCUAUGACCGUGCUCGUCGUGAUGAGUUCACUGCUCCUCCUCAACCCAUUGAAACUCCUCCUUCUCCCCUGGCUGAGGAGACCGCUGAAGUCGAGCCUGCCCCAUCUGAGGCAGACCUUCAGCAGCAGCCGGAUGCUUCUGAGCGUCCACAGCGCACUCGUCGUCGUCCUGCUCGAUACGACGAUUGACUCUGACUUAUCUUCCCACGUCUUUGACUUCUCAGUACUCCAUCCACAUCAGUUUUGCUACUUCAGCUCGUCGACGUUGUGGCUCUUCCUCGACGACAUUCCGGACUUCUCAUCACGGACGUCAUCGGCAACUUCAUGGACUUCUUCACGAUCAGCUCUGCCUACUUCAGACGUCAUCACUCUCUUACCACUUCACCCUAUACAGUACCCUUGUUGUGUCGCAUGAUGGUCUCCCUUUAGCCGGGUUCCUCUGAGUUGGGCUCUCUCUUGGUAUACGCAUAGGCAUCG